CUCCUUUCUUUCUGUUUUUUUCGUGCGUUUCUCUGCGCCGGAGAGCAUCGCCAACUGCUGGAGCUCCAGUGAUCUGCUGCUCUGCCUCGGGAUGAUGGAUGUGAUUUGAGGAGCCUUUCAUCUGGGCUGAUGUUCUUAUUAUUAUAACAAUAAUUAUCAUCUUUAGUUAUUAUUUUUACUGGUUUAUUUUUCCUCCGUCUGCCCAACCCAUGCGUAAAAUGUCCUUGGAGCGUGGCCUGCGCGGUUCCAUGCUGCCGUCAUCUUUGUACAGCUACGUCCACCCUGUCCCUUAAUCCCAGCCAGUAGCCGUGUGGAGGAAUGGAUUGGUGCAAUGGCCACCACUUUCCAUGUUGACCUUUCGGUGAAGGGGGAUUAUUUUCCAAACGGAGCUCCGGUUCAUCACUGCACCUUAAAAUAAUCAUCCGAGACAGUCUGAUCCUUCCCCAGCAUGGAGAACUUCACCCAGAGCUUCAGAGAUCUGAGGCAGGAACAGCAGGAGUAAAUCAUUAAGACCCGACCGGCUGCACCAUGGGCGACAUGGCCAAUAGCUCGGUGGAUUUCCACCCCAAGAAGCCGGGGAUGGAUGGGAAGGCCUGUGCGGGGGAUUUCGGGGUUUCUCUGGAGGAACUGCGGGCGCUGAUGGAGUUCCGAGGAGCCGAGGCGCUGCAGAAGAUCCAGGAGAGUUACGGCGACACUGAAGGACUCUGCCACAGACUCAAGACCUCACCUACAGACGGUCUGUCGGAUGACCCUGCUGACCUGGAGAAGCGGUGGCAGGUUUUCGGACAGAACUUCAUCCCCCCUAAAAAGCCGAAGACGUUCCUGCAGCUGGUGUGGGAGGCGCUGCAGGAUGUCACUCUCAUCAUCCUGGAGAUCGCAGCCAUCAUCUCGCUCGGCCUCAGCUUCUACCAGCCUCCGGGGGGCGACAGUGAAGUCUGUGGUAAUGUCUCAGGAGGAGUGGAGGAUGAAGGUGAAGCUGAAGCAGGGUGGAUUGAAGGAGCGGCGAUCCUGCUCUCGGUUCUCUGUGUGGUUCUGGUGACGGCAUUUAAUGACUGGAGUAAAGAGAAACAGUUCCGUGGCCUGCAGAGCCGGAUAGAGCAGGAGCAGCGCUUCGCUGUGGUCAGGAACGGCACCGUCCUGCAGAUCCCUGUGGCCGAGAUGGUGGUGGGGGACAUUGCCCAGGUCAAAUACGGUGACCUCCUCCCGGCUGAUGGAGUGCUGAUCCAGGGGAACGACCUGAAGAUCGACGAGAGCUCCCUCACCGGAGAGUCCGACCACGUACGCAAAGCCAUCGACAGAGACCCCAUGCUGCUCUCAGGCACCCAUGUUAUGGAGGGUUCGGGGAAGAUGGUGGUGACCGCUGUGGGCAUCAACUCUCAGACCGGGAUCAUCUUCACCCUGCUGGGGGCCGGAGAGGUGGAGGAGGAGAAGAAGGAGAACAAGAAGGCUGAGAUCAAUAGUAGCUCGUCCGUGCAGUUUGCCGCGGCUCCCGCCAAAGAGUGCAGCGUUGUUAAUGGGAAACAAGACGGCACUUUGGAGAACAAUCAAAACAAAGCGAAGAAGCAGGACGAGGCGGUUGCCAUGGAGAUGCAGCCUUUGAAGAGUGCGGAGGGAGGAGAGGUGGAGGAGAGAGAGAAGAAGAAAGCCAGCGUGCCCAAAAAGGAGAAAUCAGUGCUUCAGGGUAAACUCACCAAGCUGGCCGUGCAGAUCGGGAAAGCAGGGUUGGUGAUGUCAUCGAUCACUGUGAUUAUCCUGAUGCUCUACUUUGCGAUCGAAACGUUCGUCGUUCAGGAUCGUCCGUGGCUCACUGAGUGCACCCCCAUAUACGUGCAGUACUUCGUCAAGUUCUUCAUCAUCGGCGUGACGGUGCUGGUGGUGGCCGUGCCGGAGGGUCUGCCGCUGGCCGUCACCAUUUCACUGGCCUAUUCGGUAAAGAAAAUGAUGAAGGACAAUAACCUGGUGCGACACCUGGAUGCGUGCGAGACGAUGGGGAACGCCACAGCGAUCUGCUCGGACAAAACCGGGACGUUAACCACUAACCGGAUGACGGCCGUGCAGAUUUACAUAGGAGAUCAGCAUUUCCACGAGAUCCCGACACCACAGCACAUCAGCCAUCACACGCUGGAGCUGCUGACCACCGCCAUCUCCCUCAACAGCGCAUACACCUCCAAAAUCCUGGCGGCUGAUAAAGAGGGUGGUCUGCCGAAGCAGGUGGGGAAUAAGACAGAGUGCGCUCUGCUGGGUUUGGUUCUGGAUCUGAAGCGUGAUUAUCAGUGCGUCAGAGAGCAGAUUCCAGAGGAGAAGCUCUACAAGGUCUACACCUUUAACUCCGUCCGCAAGUCCAUGAGCACCGUCAUCCAGCUGCCUGACAGGAGCUUCCGCAUCUACAGCAAAGGAGCCUCAGAGAUCCUGCUCAAAAAAUGUUCAUCCAUCCUGUCCCGGGAUGGCGCGGCGCGCUCCUUCAGGCCGCGGGACCGGGACGAGAUGGUGAAGAAGGUGAUUGAACCGAUGGCCUGCGAUGGCCUCCGGACGAUCUGCGUGGCCUACAGGGACCUACCUGGAGAUCCUCUGCCAGAGUGGGACAACGAGGCCGACAUCAUCAAUAAUCUCACCUGCAUCGCUGUGGUGGGCAUCGAGGACCCCGUCCGGCCAGAGGUUCCAGAAGCCAUCAGGAAGUGCCAGCGCGCGGGCAUCACGGUGCGCAUGGUGACGGGCGACAACAUCAACACGGCUCGCGCCAUCGCCGCCAAGUGUGGCAUCAUCCACGCCGGGGACGACUUCCUGUGCAUGGAGGGGAAGGACUUCAACCGGCGAAUCAGGAACGAGAAAGGAGAGGUUGAGCAGGAGCGGAUCGAUAAAAUCUGGCCCAAACUGCGAGUGCUGGCGCGAUCGUCUCCUACAGACAAACACACGCUGGUCAAAGGGAUCAUAGACAGCACCAUAUGUGAGCAGAGGCAGGUGGUUGCGGUGACCGGGGACGGCACUAAUGAUGGUCCUGCGCUGAAGAAAGCUGACGUGGGAUUCGCCAUGGGCAUCGCCGGCACAGACGUGGCGAAGGAAGCGUCCGACAUCAUCCUGACGGACGAUAACUUCACCAGCAUAGUGAAGGCGGUGAUGUGGGGCCGUAAUGUUUACGACAGCAUCUCCAAAUUCCUGCAGUUCCAGCUCACUGUUAACGUGGUGGCCGUUAUAGUGGCCUUUACUGGCGCCUGCAUUACUCAGGACUCUCCUCUGAAGGCGGUGCAGAUGUUAUGGGUGAAUCUCAUUAUGGACACGUUUGCGUCUCUGGCUCUGGCCACCGAGCCGCCCACUGAAGCUCUGUUGCUGCGAAAACCGUACGGCCGAAAUAACCCGCUGAUCUCCAGAACCAUGAUGAAGAACAUCCUGGGCCACGGGGUGUACCAGCUCAUCAUCAUCUUCACACUGCUCUUCGUUGGUGAGAGGAUAUUCGAUAUAGACAGCGGCCGGGACGCUCCCCUGCAUGCCCCUCCGUCUGAACACUACACUAUCAUCUUCAACACCUUCGUCCUCAUGCAGCUCUUCAACGAAAUAAACGCACGCAAGAUCCACGGAGAGAGGAACGUCUUUGACGGGAUUUUCUCAAACCCCAUCUUCUGCACCAUCGUGCUCGGGACAUUCGCCAUACAGAUAGUGAUUGUACAGUUUGGAGGGAAGCCGUUUAGCUGUGCGCCGCUGAACAUGGAGCAGUGGCUCUGGUGUCUGUUUGUUGGAGUUGGAGAGCUGCUCUGGGGUCAGCUGAUCUCUUCAGUGCCAACCAGCCAGCUGAAGUGUCUGAAGGAGGCAGGGCACGGGCCUGCGCCCGAUGACAUCAUGGAUGAAGACUUGGCGGAGGACGAGGAGGAAAUCGACCACGCAGAGCGAGAACUGAGACGGGGACAGAUCCUGUGGUUCAGAGGACUCAACCGCAUCCAAACUCAGAUGGAGGUAGUGAGCACCUUCAAGAGAAGUGGUUCGUUUCAGGGUGCAGUGAGGCGCCGCUCGUCCGUGCUGAGCCAGCUCCAUGACAUCCGGGUGGUGAAAGCCUUCCGUAGCUCGCUGUACGACGGCAUGGAAAAGCCGGAAUCCCGCAGCUCCAUCCACGACUUCCAGGCCCAUCCCGAAUUCAUCAUCACCGACUCCGGCCACAGCAUCCCGCUGAUCGACGAGACGGACGUGGACGACGAAUCGGAGCGGUCCAACCACAACCACGUCCGCGUCCACCUUCGUCACGCUCCUCUUCCUCCGUCCUCCCUGCCUCCUCAGCGGCCGCCGCGGUCGCGCUACCCCACCCGACAGCAGAGCCUUCCGGUCACGCUCAACUGCAACAACAACGCGGCCGAAAGCCGAGUGUACCUGACUCGCCCCGUCCACGUCCCCGCCCCCGCACCCCCCAGCCCACUGCACAGCUUCGAAACCUGCCUAUAGAGGUGGAAGGCCGUCCCUCGGACCCUGGCCUCCGACCUCGGAUUCCAUUACGGAGAGGAAAUGAGAUUUUUAUGGACGUUUUAAACUCUUACUGACGUUCAACUGCCCCACCCCCCCAUUCCAGUGCACAGCUUUGACCUGCCUGUAGUGGACAAAGGUGACCCAGCGACGUGGGUCUCAUUAAAGAGAGAGAAAUGAGUCCAAGUCCAAGUAUUAAACUGACGUACUGCGUAAGAAGUUGUUGUUUUCUUGAACUUUGCCCCGCCCCCCGACCAACCAAUGCUUCGGACCAAACUUACAGCUUUUCCUUUUGCUCUGCAAUGAGUGGACGAUGACCCUUGCUGGACUGACCCCUUUAUCCGGCGGGUUUGCUUCGAUGUUGCACUGGACAGGAGCCCACAGACUGAUGGACUCUUCGCUUUGACUGAUUUUAAAGACAAUGCACUUCAUAUACGUGUAAAAAAUAGUAAUAGUAAUAAUAAUAAUAAUGAUAAUUAUAAUAAUAAUAAUUCAUAAUUCAUUCCGCCUUUUAAUUGAUAAUAUUACUGUUCCAAUUAUUAUUGUGGUUCUUCUGCAGAAAUUACCGCAGUUACCAAGACAGUUACUCCAGAUGCUUUAUUGAUUAGCUUCAUAUAUUCAUGAUGUUUGUGUGUAUGACGUGCGUAUGUCCACUGGUAUGUGUGUAUUAUUCGUUUGUUGGUUGUUUGUUUGCUGGUGUUGCUGUCUUUGUUCAUGUGUCCUCAUGGUCUUUUGUUCUCGCUCUCUCUCUCUCCGUCUCUGUGCUUUGAGUGUGUUGUGUACGUCCUAUUAAAACAAUAAAGAAAGCUUAUAUUAGUAAUAUAAAUAAACCUAGAUCUACUGCACUUAGGGAUCAUUUUGGGUACAGUACUGGCUGACAGUGGCGGUAAAGGAUAAAGACUGGAACCGGAGGAGACUGUAACGAGACACGCGCCGACGGGUCUCCCAGCGGACAGACGUGUGGACCAGUGUAAAUGUUUGCGGGACGGUUUUAGAGAAAGUCUAUUUUAUUAUUCUUUGCUUUCCAUGAAGCGCACUGUAUCACCAUUAUUACUGUGUUCAUUGUGAUGUCUUUAACUGGAAAAGCAUGAUUCAAAGUCAAAUAUAUUUUACAGGAUAA